AUGAGCGAUGAGGGUAUUCUUUCUGGACAGAGACCUUACAGAUGUAAUGCAUGCAGCAAAGCCUUUGCUGAGCGUUCAAGCAUUACUCAAGAUAAAAUCCAUAGUGGAGAGAAACCUUACAAAUGUAGUGAGUAUGGCAAAGGUUUUAAGCAGUGCUCACACCUCUUUAGACAUCAGAGUACACAUCCUGGAGAAAAACCACACAUAUGUGAUGUGUGUGGCAAGGCUUUUAUCAGAAGCUGUAGGCUUAAUCAACAUCGGAAGAUUCACACAGGAGAAAAACCUUAUUCAUGUAGUAAAUGUGAUAAGGCUUUUCGCACGCGUUCUCACCUCUCGGGUCAUGAGAGAACUCAUACUGGAGAGAAACCUUACAAAUGUGCUGAGUGUGGCAAAGCCUUUACCGAUGGUUCACAUCUUAGUCAACAUAGAAAAAUCCAUACUGGAGAGAAACCGUACAAAUGUAAUGAGUGUGCCAAAGCGUUUACCCAAUCUGGAAACCUUACUAGGCAUCAGAAAAUACACACUGGUGAGAAACCGCACAAAUGUAAUGUAUGUGACAAGGCUUUUAUCCAAAGUUCAAGCCUUAUAGCACAUCAGAGAAUUCAUACAAGACAGAGACCUUAUAAAUGUAAUAAAUGUGAUAAGGCUUUUAUCAAACAUUCACAGCUUUGCGGACAUGAGAGAACUCAUACUGGAGAGAAACCUUACAAAUGUAAUGAGUGUGGUAAAGAGUUUACCCAUUCAAGACUUAUGGCACAUCAGAGAAUUCAUACAGGAGAAAAGCUUCAUAAAUGUACUAAAUGUGAUAAGGCUUUUAUCAAACGUUCAGAACUUUUGCGUCAUGAGAGAACUCAUACUGGAGAGAAACCUUACAAAUGUAUUGAUUGUGGCAAGGCCUUUUCAUGUAGUUCACAUCUUACUCAGCAUAAGAAAAUCCAUACUGGAGAGAAACCGUACAAAUGUAUUGAUUGUGGCAAAGCCUUUGCGAUGCGUACACGUCUGACACAGCAUAAGAGAAUCCAUACAGGAGAGAAACCUUACAAAUGUAAUGAAUGUGGUAAGGCUUUUACCCAACGUUCACACCUUUGGAGUCAUGAGAAAAUUCAUACUGGUGACAAACCUCACAAAUGUAAUCAGUGUGGCAAAGCCUUUACCCAGCCUUCAAAACUCACUAGACAUCAGAAAGCCCAUACCGGAAAGAAAACAUGUAAGUGUAACAUAUGUGGCAAGUUCUAUACUACAAAUUCAAACUUUGCAAAUCAUCAGAGAAUCCAUACUGUUGAGAAACCUUAUAAAUGUAAUGAGUGUGACAAAGCGUUUACCCAAUUUCAAAGCCUUACUUAUCAACAGAAAAUACACACUGGCUAG